UGUGCGUGUUAAUUUGUUUUUCCAUUAAGCACAUUUUAGGAGAACAACUUCUGAACAAAUACUCCAAUUUUGAUGCCUUUUCACAGCUCAUACAUACAUCAAAAACAAGAAAUCUGAAAAUUUAGCCCAUCUCCAAACAGAACCUCACCCUUUAUCAUAUCUCAAUCUCCUUCCAUAAAAAAAAUAAAAAUUAAACCCAUUGGUCAACAUUAAAAAUGAAGGAUGAUAAAGAAGAAACAUUGAUGUGGGCAUCACAUAUUUGAUCACAUUCCGAAACACAAAUGCCUUUGGCGCCUGAUCCGAGUUAUGGGCGCAGCUUCAUAUGGAUCACCGCGUGUUUCUUGUUCAUCUGCGUCCUGGCUGGAGGAGGGUGCCUUGUGGAAUACAUGGUUUUUCCCGAGUCAGAAGUUCCACCUUGGAUGCCCCUUCUAGGGUUCACGUUGAUUUGUCUACCCUGGGCUUUUUGGCUUCUCACAUUCUUGUACCGAGUUCUCUCGCGGUGUUGUGGAUGUAGAUUUGGGUUUGGAGGUGGCUGUGGCGGUGACGGUGGCCGUGAUGGUGCAAGUGCACCUAGGGAUGCAAAUGUGGAAGCAAAUAAUAAUGGUAUAAAUAGGACGUUAUCUCUUGCUUCACAUCAGAGUCAAAUGCCAUUGGCAAAGUCAAUGGCCUAGUCAGCCCUUUAUCAAAUUGAAAUUUGAUUCUACUUUUGGUGGGUUUGUUCUUUCAAUUCAAAAUUAAUUUGCUCUUGCAAUCACCCACUUCUUUUCCUAUUAUACUAGAAGCAAUAUCCCCAGUCCUCACCAAUCUUCAUGCAUGGAUAUACCCUCAUUAUGUUCAACAAUGCAAGAAUGAAUAAUAUUGAAGAUAGACGUGAUAUAUUUUCA